AUUCAUUCGAGCUCGGGGCUGUGUACUUGAUCAAAGUAAGUUUUAGGUGGGCCUAGCGUGAUGAUCGCGAUUUGGCCGGCGGAUUUAGGGAAAAGUGUGAUUAUUCUACCUCUUAGGCAUUGUUUGAUCCAAAUACCUGUUGAAUUGAAACCGUAUGCGGCCCCCAAUUCCUCCGAGACUGGAGCGGAAUUGAAAGUUGAAUAUUUACUUUGCAUUUAUGAAGCACUAUCAAAUCUCUAAACUCUUUUAGCGGACGAUCCGAUUCUGUCUUUAGCUCAGGUCUCUGAAACAGAAGGUGGACCUCCAUGGAAGAUUGAAGACCAGAUUCUUAGGAUUUGGUGGCAAUCCUUGCAGUUGGUCAACGCGAUAAGACGGGAGAGAAUCUUGUGUCAACCCCAGAGGCUUCGCCAUGUCACGCUAAAGUGAACAAAGCACAUCAAAGAAUGAGAGCUUGAUCCUCGCCCCGCAGAUUGCUUCGAAAUUCUGAGCAAUGGCCCAGAAAUACGAAGAGGUGGCCGAGAUCGGUAAUGGGGCUUAUGGUACUGUUUAUAAAGCCCGCGAUCUUCAAAACGAAGGCCGUUUUGUGGCUUUGAAAAGAGUGAGAAUUGUAAACAACGGCGAUGAAGGAAUGCCACUCUCUACCAUCCGCGAAAUAGCCCUUCUCAAGCAGAUCGACAAUUUCGCGCAUGAAAAUGUUGUAAGGUAAGAUCAACGAUUUCUCUUGCUUGUUUGAGCUGCAAGUGAUAAAUUUUUAAGGGAUAUUUUGGAGAUUCAGAAUUCUUGGUGUGCCUUGCUUCCCUGUGCAAACCCCCUAAGAGUCUUGCGAAACCUUAAGCCCUUCCCAUGGUCAAGAAUUUUUCUAUUUUAUUUAAUUUUUCAUUUCUCUGCGCUUCUAUCAUCGGUGCAAUCCCAAUUAAGUCUAAACAAUCUAACGUAACUCAAAGAAAAAAUUACAAAAGGGAAUUAUGGUCUUUAAAUUUGGCCAUCAGAAAAACUACAUGAUUAAAAUUCAUCUUUUGUUUAAUCGUUGCAUUCCGAGGAGCUUGAAAACCUAUGGUUUCACAAUUUUAUUUGCGCAACUUCAAGCUCAAAAUGUUCAGUAGAAUACAAAGACAAGAUGUUAUGUAUGAUGUAGAACACAUUGGCAAGUUGUAAUUGUCUUUGAGGCGGCAUGUCAGAAAUUAAUUUCGGUUAAGAAAUGUGUUUAUACAUCGCAUAAUUGAGAGCUUUAGCACUUCAACGAGAAGCAAUUACAGUGCUUAAUGAUAUAAAUCACGAUUUAUUUGAAAAUAUUCUGAUACCUCUCUCUGUACGAUCAUCGUCUUGUUAGUUCUUGAUUCACGAAAAUGUCGAUUAGAUUCCGAAGAGACCACUACGUUGCCCGGCGAGCUGAGAGCAUCAAAACGGAAGUUUAAGUCUGUUAUGAUUUCACCGGAAGUGAAUUGUUCCAAACGAACGAUAGUCUGAUUGGCUGAACGACUUACCGCGAGGUGGAGGGUGAAUUUAAAUCUCACUUUCCCUCUGUACCUGCCGAUCGCCUCGAUUUUAUCGCCGCAGAACUUUGUUUUACGCUCUUUUGAAGACAAAAUAGACCAAUUUUUCAAAAGAUCGCUGAUGGCCUGACAUUUCUGCUCGCUGAUACUCGCAACAAGUUGUUUCUGGAAGCGCUGUUUACAUUGUAUUGAUGUCUCAUGUUUCUGGAAAACGAUUGAGUGAUGUUCAUCUCGACCUUUCAACGCGGUGUUUUAUCUCGAUGUGAAUACGAGCAAACACAGUAAGAAGAAGAUUUGAUCAAGGAUUUCACAUUCCUGUGGGAUUACAACAAGGCUUCGACUCAAAAGAAAUCGAAAACUGUCAAGUACGUCUUGCUUAUUCGACUGGAAUUCAAUGACAGAUAAACGGCAUGACAGAUAACUCUAGACACUCAGUGUGCAUUCUUUCCCCAAGUUUUUUCCUUGGAUCGACGGGUAAGAAAUUUGAUCACUAAUUUGUUUAGACGAAACAAGACUUUAUCCUUUAUCUCCUCGGGGAAUCAUUUGAUGAUAUACAUGCCAACUGCGAUCACUUUCGAUUCCAUAAUUUUAAUCUUAAAACAUCUUAAUUCAAUUUCAGCAAUCGCUCUUCCCGGAAUCGUAAGAUAAUUAAAAUCACAUUUUGUUUACAAAAUAAUUCAACAGAAGCGGUUAUUUGGUGUAUUUUAAAUUCUUCCUUCCAAAUCCUCUAUGGAGUAUUAAACGAAACUGGGGCAAUUAAUGAUGACCUGAUAAAAGGUUCCUUUGGCCUUGGAAGUUUAGAAUGUUUCAAGAUCGAGUUUCACUAACAAAAUGAACGCCUUUGAUAAAAAUACGGUUUGAUUGUACUCUCCUUGAAUGAACUCUUCAACGACUAAGUAUCAUGACUCAAAAAGCGUUGCAUGUUUCCAUCUUAACCUUUUCUUUAAGUAUCUUGUCGGAGUUUUGCUAACAGUGUAUCCUCUACUUGAUUCUACCGUGAUGAAGGUGGGCAGUGGCCAUCAUUUAGUUAGUGACUCCCUUAUUUAAAUUUCGUUAUUUUUGAGGACAUAUUCUUGCUAACAAUGGAUCUUCUGUGGAUAAUUACUCUUUGCGGUGUACGUGAUUUCACACCUACGUGUGCGUCUUCGAUCUUCUGGAACCCAAGAGCACGACCCCGAAAUACUUCAUUGUUCUGUCAUUAGAGAUUUAGAUGAUUUGGGUUUUCUCACAUUUCAAGAUAUACAGUGGUGGACAUAUCGUGUUCUAUAAAAAGAUCAAGUUAUGUAGAGUCAUCAGGCUGUUUCAAUUUCAACCAUUAAAAUUGCAAUCAUGAUUUUCCGGACUUAAAUGAGAUGUGUAUCAUGGCUUUUACAUAAUCAUCAUUCCAUAAACCCAAUAUCCUUUUCACAAGGGGGAAGGGUGGAAGGAAGACUUUCUUUUGCUACCCAUUCUGAGUGAAACCUGUCUCUCUUUUUUCCGAUCAUUUUUAAAUGAGGAUUAGGACCUUUAGCAUAAGUGACAGAUGCAAAGACGAGGUUACCCCACUAGACAACCCAUAUCAUAUCAAUAGGUCCAAGCUCAAGCCCUGACUAUGGUAUAGUGUUGUGCCCUAAGCAUGGCACUUGACUUUCACAGUUCCUUGCUCCAUAAGGUUUAGAGUGGAUAGGAGCAUAAUAUGUUGAGGAACCUUGAUGAAAUGCCAGGGGUAACCUGCAAUCCCAUUCAUGGAGAGUGGAAACAUCCAAGUCACUCUUGGUUAGAGAACAGUACACGGAAUAUAAAUUAAAUGCUUAGAAAAGUCUUCAAGUGACCUAUUUUACAGAUUUGAAAUUCACUUGCCUUCUGUAGUGUACUUGUAGCAUGUAUUUAUUAAUAUUGGAGUUGGCGAGAUCGAACAAGACCAUGCCCUUUGCCUCUGACUCCAGCAAUGCCAUUAUAGACUAUCUAAUGAUGCCAUGGAUGAGAUCAGAGGCAAAGAGCUUGAUCUUGUGCUAAUGCUUUUUAGGUUAAAUAUGGUGAUUUAUUGGGUUCUUCCACUUCUUUUUUAGGCUUCUGGAUGUUUUUCAUACAACUUCACCAACAGGUCAUGAGAAAUACCUUUCUCUUGUCUUUGAGCACAUUGAGCAGGAUCUAAGUGCUUAUCUUGACAACUGCCCACAACCAGGAUUGCCAGAAUGGAAAAUUAAGGUAUUGUUGACGUGGAAAGUAUUCAAUACAAUCCAAAACUUUUGCUUCUCCAAGGAGGAGUACAAAGGGGUAAUGGUUUAGGUUUGAAGAUUGAAUUGAUUCCAAAUGAGGCAUUAUAUUGCAUCCCCUCCAAAUGACAUAAGGACUUGAAGUAACACCCCUGCCCACAAGAGGUGUCCUAGGGGAAGGCACUAACCCUCUGAAUAAUUUUAAGACCAAACCCUGGGCCCACAAAAGCUGAAAAACUUUGCUAAAUGCAAAAUUAUUUCUCUCCAGUGACUAGAUCUGUCUCCCCCCCUCCUCUGGAAGGCAUUUUAAUUACAUGUAAAUCGUGCCCACAAAAGCAUAACUUUCCAAUGGGAUAAAGGAAAAAAAACACUUCAAAAAAUGUCCGGUAAAGAGCCAUUUAUAGUUUAAAUAGAGGAUGACACAUUUAAAACCAAUUAAUUUGGUUCAUUUUCAAGUAUUCUAACAACUCAUUCAUCCAUUCCAAAUCUCAGCAAUCAUGUUCCAUAAGUAGUUUGGACCACAAUCUGUGUAACAUUAUUAGGUAAUCAUUAUUCUGAUCAAAGACAUGCAAUACUGCCAUAACAUAUGAUUUAGUAAUCAACAGUAUUCAUGACAAUCCAUGUUUUGCUUCCAAACUUUAAAUAGUUCAUUCAUUUCUGUGAAUCUUGGUGGGUACACAGCUAAAGAGAUCAUGCAUAUAAAAAUACUCCUAAUGUCAUUAACAAAAUUUUAAUUCUCAUUUUUCAAGGCACAAGUCAUGUAGAUCACUUGAAAGGUCAAAUUCUUCGGUAUCUGUUAUUGAAACUCCUUUUCUAAUGUAUAUGCAAAACAGCCUUUAUUUUCACACACCCUGUUAAUUAUCAGACCUCAAACAAUAGCCAGUUGAUUUAACCAAAGUCUAUUAUAUUAGUUGAGUUCAAAGUGUGCAGCAUUCAUUAAAGAGAACAUGUCACUUCUUCAUUCAUCUUGGAUUUGGCAAUAAUUCUUUUGUCCAAUUAAGCAUUAACACUGUUCAUCCCACAUAAUAUAAGUGGAAAACAUUCUUUCAGAAAAAAUUAAAUGUGAAGACCAUCCAGAUUAAAGGCUGACAGCAGCUAAAACUUUUUACUAAGAGAUGUUUUCUAAUGCUAAUUUUGGGCUGAAUGUGGCAAAAUAUGUUUUCCUCUGAGUAAAUUAAAAUGUUAGAGAAAGGAGGUAAAACAUUGCCUAAACCUUGUCAUGCAAACAUCUGCAUGAAGCAAUGCUUAUAACAAGGGGAUGCCAUGUGGAGAAGCUUUGUAAAUUCAAGAUAGAUAUAAAACAAAAUAGAUGAUUGAACAAAAUGAACACCGUUCUUUUGACACUUAACCUAAAGUGCUUUAUGCAUGGAUGUACAGAGCUAUAUAUAGAUUUUAAAGACCAAAGUUGUAACUUGAGUCUAAUGCACUAGGUGAUCAUCAUACUGUAGCUUAUAAUUAAUACAAAGUUUGUGCAUAGUUUAUAAAUUGAAAUUUAAAGUUAUGAUGGGCAGUAAUGAAACAUUAGCUCUCAUAGGUUGCAAUUGUCAGGCCACAGCCCUCACUCAGAAUAUUUGUUUUUGAUGAGUACAAUAAUUUACUAGACACCACUUGGAAAAAUUCAGUGAUUUGGUUGCUCAGUUUGUACUCCAGUUCUGCCUGUUUAAUUACCAAAAGCACCUCAUUUAUUUAUUUAUGUGACUUAAAUCAUAAUUCUCAGGUUACAAAUGUGGAUGUUUCAAAGCCUGUAUCGUAUGUCAACAUGACUAUACCCAAGGAAACGGCCACCCAUUUUUAUAACUCAGUAUGCAUUUUUAUGGCCCAGUUGUGAACGCAUCAUUGUAUUAGCUGUCUCUGCCUGUGAGUAAAAAAAUUUAGUCUCAUGCCACAUCACACCUGUUGAUCCAACUCCUCUGAUCUUGAGUAAGAAUUGACUUUUACAGCCUAAACUUACACACUGUCCAGCUAAAUAUUGAAAAUGUGAAAUAAACUUCAAGUCUCCAUAUUUAAAUAAUUGUUUUUCCCAACAAAUCUUGAUGUUUGAGGGGACAGUUUGCAGAAGUUAUAUUAGAAGUACUAUUCCAAAAACUCUUGCACUGUGUUUCAUCAGGGUUUCUAAACACAAGAAAACAAAUGAAAGCACAAGGCCAAACUUUAGAGGAUUCCUUUGAAAAAACUUUCAAAGCAUCCAAACACAAGAAAACAAAUGAAAGCACAAGGCCAAACUUUAGAGGAUUCCUUUGAAAAAACUUUCAAAGCUCCAAACACAAGAAAACAGAGGAAAGCGCAAGGCCAAACUUUGGAGGAUUCCUUUGAAAAAACUUUUGGAGCAUCUUCAGAAAUACACUUUGUUAUGGAUUUAACUGUACCUUGUGCUAAAACUCACACCUUUAACUGAAAAACUUUGCAAGUCAAUACACUGUACAUUGUAUUUAGGAUUGAUGGAGUUCCAAUGAAAUGAUAAAUUAUUUGUAACAAUUAAAGUUGUUAAUUGACACAAACCCUUCUCACAAAUUUCAUGACAGGACUUAACACAUCAGCUGUUGAAUGGGGUGGAUUUCUUGCACUCUCACCGGAUUGUCCAUAGAGAUUUGAAACCCCAGAAUAUCUUGAUCUCAGGUGCUGGUCAAGUAAAGAUUGCAGACUUUGGAUUAGCUAGGAUAUACAGAGAUGCUAUGGCUUUGACAUCAGUGGUAAGUUGUAAUGAUACAACUGCAACCAUAAAGGUAUCCUGGUUUCAUGUCAUAUGAUUAGCAAUAGAAUACUGACUGCUGAAUAUCUAACAGCAAAUUUUAAAACCCAUGUUGAUAAUUAUGAUUUAAUGUACUUGCUAACUGUACUUCCAUACCAAUAAUACUAGAGUACACGCAGCAUGCACAGAUCUACAUUAAUUUGAACAAUGUGCUGUCAACAUUUUUAAAAACAAAGUUUGCAUUUGUCAGUGAUCCAAACUUUCCCUACAGCAAAAAAGUUAUGAGCACUGCAAAGUGUUCACCCUAAACAGGUGACUGUCAUGUAGGUCUCUGUUAGGAUAGAGUCAAUUGUUAAAAACCAAAGAAAACUAUAGAAGGGUGUCUUUUAGGUUGAUUUAUAUAUAUUCUCACUAUAUGAUCAUUCAGUUGUGGGUAGUCCCAAAAGGGACUGUUAUAAUUGACAAUGGCUAGUCUUUUGAAAGCCUGAGCAGAAGUUAUCAUCAGAGUUGAGGAUGAGUUAUUUUUCAAAUAUCAUGGGUGAGGUUUGUCAUAACUAAUGAACAGUCAAUCACUGGACAAACACCUCACUUAACUCUGUUAAUGACUUCUGCUCUGUUCUCUGAAGUAUCAGUCACUGUUAGCGACAACAGCUGGUUACAGAACUACCCCACCUUGUGUGAUCAGAGUGCAAAACAGAAUGUUCUUCAAGUUACAUUAAGAUGAUUUACUGUAAAACUUUUUUGUAGUAUUAUAACAACUGCACUGAGCUGAGCUGAGCAAAAUUUCUGCAAAAAAAUUCUAUUUAAAUUCUCAACAAUUUUUCUGUUUUUGGAAACUUAUUGACUGUCAUUCAAUUGACAAUCACCUCACUUCACUUGAUGGAUAAUUUCUGCUCAGGUCACUGGAAUGUCAGUCACUGUUAGAUGUAUUUACCAACAACAGUUGAUUACAGAACUACUGUUACUCUCCUUCUGCCAUCAAACUGCCCAACCCUUUCUAGAUCUGAUUGUUAAUGUUCCCUUCUAGCUGCAAUACAUUUCCUUGUGACUUAGUUAUGAGGAUUUUGGAUUCGAUCAAGAUGAAAACCUCUACCUGGGAAGUUUCGUGGGAGUUGAAGGGUAAACUGGAUGUUUCUUCAGGUCAUCAUCAAUUACUUGGCAACUUAAAGCAGCAGUAUAACUAAAGCUGGGUUGAGCUGAUUAUAAUUAUUUCUGCCACGAAUUUCAAUUUUUUCUUAAAUUUUUUGUUUCUGUUUCAGGUGGUAACACUGUGGUAUCGGGCUCCAGAGGUUCUUCUUCAUUCUAGUUAUGCCACAGCUGUGGAUAUUUGGAGUGUUGGAUGCAUUAUGGCUGAACUUUAUAACAGAAAACCACUGUUUGAAGGAAAAUCUGAUGUAGAUCAGCUUCACAAAAUAUUUAGGUAAACCAUUAGUAUAGAAAAAUAUUAAGCUGUAACCCAUAGUGAAUUUUUUUGUGCAAAGGUAUCACUGUCAUGCUCAAGAAAACAGAUGUUUUUUGAGAGAAGGUUUGCAGUAUACUUCAAUGAACUAGUGGACAGAAGGCUUAAAAAAAACAGUUUGCUUCUUAUUUCAAAUCAAAUAUCACUUUAUCACCUGAGACAUGUUAAAAUUACAUGUUUAUGACCAAUACAGUGCACUGUGUCCAGAUUGUUACAUGAUGAGGAAUUUACCAUAAAUUUGUACUCUGUUUUGUCAUCUCUUUCUGCAGCCUUUUUUCUUCCAUUUUUGUCUGCAGUACCAACUUGGAUGUUUUUCCUUUUGCUAUUACGCCUAUAUCAAAUAAAUGUACAGUAGUUUCCUCAGAGUUACCAUCAGAUUGAGCUAAUUUAAAAUAUGACAAUAUUGUCCCUUAAAAGUGGUAUGCUUCGGCAAUUUGCAGUUACUGUAGUGGUUUCUGAUUCAGCAUGGAAGCUGUGUCAUUCAAACUCCAUUCUAUCACUGAAUUUCUUUCAUGAUCUUUGAUGAACGUGUAGUGUUCUAGGUACUCCAUUGCAGAAUGACUGGCCAUCAAGUGUUUCUCUUCAGAGGUCAUCAUUCCCAAGAUAUGUUUCAUUUUCACUUGCUGAGUUAAUACCAGAGAUGUGUGAGAGUGGAACCAACUUACUCAAGGUGAGAUACAUGGGUAUACCAAUCACUAAAUAAACUCUUACUGGUUCAUGUACUGUACAUGAAAAAUUUGACAAAAUUCUGUGGUUUAGUUGCAAUGGACUACAGAAGUAUUCCAUCCAGGAGGAGUAGAUCUACUCUGUCUCUUCUUGCUGAGGAAACUGGGAAUAAGAAGUUUUAGUGAACCUCUAUGACCUGCACCUUGAUAUUAACUGUAGAGAUGUAGUAUUUUGUUGGUUGAAACAUGAAGAUCCACUGUUGGCAUUCCAGCCAUGCAAUGUUAUUGGAUCCCAACAUAUAAAAGCGAUUCUGUACAAAGGAAAAUGUCACAAGAAGUCUGCAUGCAGUGACAGCUCAAAGUAAAAUCAAGCACAUCAUCGAAACUACAAGAUAACUUGUAAUCACAUCAUGACUGGUUUUAGUUUUGCAUCUGAUUGGUUGAGAGGGUGUAUAAGUUCUUGACCAAUCACAAAGAAAAGUAAUUAGCAGAAAGCAGAACCAAUGCAAUCAUGAAUUACUUUUGACACUGAGCUGAAGACUACUCUUAAUACUUAUAUAUAUUAAAACUUUUUUUUUUUCAGAGAAUACUAAUCUUCAAUCCACAAAAGAGAAUCGGAGCUUUAGAUGCUCUCCAGCAUGAGUACUUCAGAGAAUUCCAUGAUAGCAACAAGGAAAACACACAAGGUAGUUAUCAAAAUAUGACCAAAAAAAGGGAAAGCAUGCCUGCUCUCUGACAAGUUUUUUAAGUGAGGUUUGAGAAGGUUAUCAUGGAAAGAAAUUGCAACCAAAUUACAUGUAACCUCGUGUGUUUUGAAAUGGUCUUGUUUGUCACACACUGCAAGAUAUUCCAACAAAAUUGAAAUAUUACAGACAGAAAAUCUAAAUUAACUGGUAAGAGAUUUUUUCUAGCUCAAAAGAAUUAGCUAUUAUUGUUGAAAGUGUGUAAUAUAUUUACAAGUAUUAAAUAAAGUAGCCUAAUAAGCAAUGUAUCAAUAUCGAGUGUGCCAACUUUGCUUGUUUUUUGAAGUGAGGUGCCUGUACAAUCUCUAUUAUAAUUAUACUGAGGACAGAAAAUCAUUAGGUCAUUUUCUAGUGUUUUUGGGAGAAAAAAUUUAGUAUAAUUGUUACUAAUUCUCACGUGACUUAUUUAUAAAUAUUUCUAGAUUUUCACAAUUCAAACAAAAAGGAUGCCAGAACUAAACUACAGCGAAAAAUUAACCAUGCAUUAAUUUUUUUUGCACAGUUAUUAGAACAAUGCGUUUUGAUGAAAAGAAUUAUUAUGCUGUUUGUUUGACUUCCUUUAGUGCAAUUUACAGCCAACCCAAAAUCUUUGUGGUUUUUUGUGAAAUAAAUUGAUUGUGAAAAUUGGUAACAAUAAGGUGACUAUUUUUGAAAAGGCCUUCUUGAUAUUUUAUGAACAGGGGUUCAAUAGGCCUUAUUUCACAACUAACUAGUCUAAGAACUAAAAUACUGUUUAAAAGGACAAGUGAAGGAGUGCAACAUCAAGUUAAUUUAUACUAGGAGAGUGCUUUAUCUACAACUUUAAAACUAGAGAAAAUGAGAAAAAUGUUUCAGAUUAUGAAGUCAUUGUGAUUAUUUAUUUGAGGAUACCAAAACAGCUAUCAAGAAGUGUCGUUCAUGUUAAUUAAUGUGAUGACAAGUGGUUAGUCUCUACUUAUUAUUCUGCUGUUUUUCCAUCAGUCUCUUUCUUAGCUGUGUAUAUAUAGUUAGAAUAAGUUUUAGUGUAGUGUUAGCUGUAGGUGAUUGUUGAAGUAAAUUGAUAAAUCCUUUACACUCUACCAUCAUUUUGCAUAUUUGCUAUACUGUUCUCUAUACAUUUCCUAAGGUGCUGACAAGGAGAAUUUGUUUAACAAUCAAAGGCUUCUUAAUUUAGUGAUCAUUUCCUUUGUUCUAGUGGC